AACAUCCGACCACGUCACUUCCGCUCCACAUCCGUCAAACAUGGCGCUGCUUCUAAGGACAUUGGGCCGUCAGGGCAUCUGUCUCUCCAGACCACAGUACACAGUCCUCUUCAGACAUGCUGCUCCAAUGGGAACCACAGCUAAGGAGGAGAUGAACAAGUUUUGGGCCAAAAAUACCAGAUUAAACAGACCCAUGUCUCCACAUAUCACCGUCUACAAAUGGUCCGUCCCCAUGAUGAUGUCAAUCACACACAGAGGAACCGGUGUGGGCCUUAGUGGAGCUAUCUCAGCCUUUGCCCUGGCAGCACUGGUAUUGCCAGGAAAUUACCCUGACUACCUGGAUAUGAUUCACUCGCUGUCUGUCGGCCCCGGUCUUAUCGGGUUGGCCAAGUUUGGCAUCGCCUUUCCUGUCUCUUUCCACACCUAUAACGGCAUUCGUCACUUGUUGUGGGACAUUGGCAAGGGCUUCAAAAUCCCAGAGGUCUACCGCACUGGAUACACAGUCAUCGGUCUGUCCAUUGUCACCUCCAUCGCUGUGGCUCUCCUCUGAGCACUGAAGGAAAAGUGGUGAUCUAAUGGAGGAGAGGUUGUUGACGGGAAUGUGGACUGCAAUGCACCGUGGGAUACUUCUGUAUAUGCUCCGUUUCUGGCCUACUGCAGGCUCUAUUUACAAAAAAAAAAAAAUUAAAUAAAGAAUUAUAUCAUGCUGUA